UAUACAAGAGAUGGGCCCAAAAGUUGAAUCAGUUAAAGAGAGAUGAUUGAGUUACAUUUGCAAAACUAUGUGGUUCUUUCAAUGACCCCAAGACAAUUUCUGAAAUAAAAUUCAUUUUAACAUAAAAAAGGAGAGAACAAUAUUAAUUACCAACAAAAACAAUAAAGAAAUACAGUAAAAUUACAAAGAAAAAUCAAAACAAACAAAACAAAACACUUUUAUAAAGGAGCCUUCUAGAAUCAAUGACAUUUUUAGACAAUAUUCAUAGCUUUUCAAAUGUGUUACCAAACCUUCAGCUCUUAAUAAACUUUAUGCUCUUAAUAAAAAACUUUCUACUCCAUAAAAUAUAGAUAAAAAAGGUUGAAAUUCUGCUAUGUACACAGAAUAAUAGCUCAGGGCUCUAGUCUCAGACUGGAUGAAAUCAAAUCAAAGACUUUACAGAAUGAUUGCCCAAUACUGUUGAAUGUCAGUAAUCAAAAACUUUUAGCUAAUAUGACAACUUUGCAUUUACAUUAAUAAUUCUGACCAAUAGAUGAGGAGGGAAACUUGCAGCUGAGACACUUUUUUUGUUCUUUGGACUGUCAGAAACUCCCACUGGAGAGAAUGACAAAACAAUGAUGAUAGAGCAAUUACAAUCCUUUUAGGAGAUGAAGUCAUGCUGUGACUUCCUAUAACUCCAGCUCCCACUGUCCUUCUCCACAAACACUCUCUCACAGACCUCACUUCAAGGACAGCACAAACUAAUUCGGAAAGCCCAUCAUCUGAAAAGUUGAUUAGCAAGCUCAUUGAUGAGGACAUUCAGGCUGUAUGGCAACUAAGAUCUUCAACCCUGAUACCAACCACACACAGGUAUGAAGGUCUAUUUUGUCAGAUCAUAUUUCAUUUCUCCCCUACCCCUAAGGUGCUUUCUAAAGGUGGGCUAUAUAAUAUUAUAGGAAGCAGAGUGGGUGACAUCAGGGAGGCACAACAAAUGAUGUCAAGUGAAUGAGGCUAGCAAUGUCACAAAAGUGUGGGUUGAACACUGGAAAGUUUUCCAUGUUGCAUCAUAAAGCAGCAAGGUUAAAGAAUUUGAAUAACAAUGUGAAAAGUUAUAACUUCUUUCUAUUCAAUCAGUCCUAUCGAAAUUUGUUCAUUUCUCUGGAAAACAUUCAUCUACCUUAUGUCCUCAGAAUUCCAUCACUCAAGAAUUCAUCAGCACUACUUCCAUGAAAUGCCAUUGAAGGGUGUCUGGGUCCUCCUUCUAUACCCUAAAAAAACCCAACAGAAUGCUUCUAAGUGAUCUGAUCUUGGGGAUUUGUACCUUCUUUCAAACUGUUCUUGGGGUCCUGGGGAAUUCGCGACUAUUCAUGAUAUACAUCUAUAUCUUAUAUAUUCAGCCCCACCAUAAGAAACCCAUAGAUAUGAUAAUUGCCCAUCUGACACUAGCUAAUGUUAUGACACUUAGCACUAGAGGAAUUCCUGAUACUAUGGUCUACUUUGGGGCAAAAAAUGUUCUGGAUGAUGUUGGGUGUAAGAUGAUCAUGUAUUUCUACAGGUUGGGUAGGGGGCUCUCUAUUGGUACAACCUGUUUCCUGAGCAUAUUCCAAGCCAUCACUAUCAGCCCCAUUCAUUCAAGAUGGGCAUGGCUAAAACCCAGAAUAAGCAAAUAUAUACUUCUUUUCUUCUUUUCUAUCUGGAUCAUCAACAUGUUGAUCUACAUCUGUGUCAUUGAUGCUCUCCAAGCCAGUGAAAAUUUCACUGUGUACAAACAAGGUUAUUCUAUGAGAUACUGCACCACUAAACCAGAUGCUUAUUACAUGGUUAAAUAUGUGUUUCUCACGGUCACAACUAUCCGAGAUUUCUUCUUUCUUACUCUAAUGAGUCUGGCCAGUGGUUACAUGGUGGUAUUUCUCUACAGCCAUAAAAAGAAUGUUCAGCACAUUCAUAACACCAGCCUCUCCUCUAGGCCUUCCUAUGAGGCCAAGGUUACCCAAACCAUCCUGUUAUUGGUGGGGUUUUAUGUAAUAUUUUACUGGAUUGGUUGUUGCCUUACAAUAUACUUAACUUUUUCUCCUAAGAAAGAUAUGGUGUUGGGUGGCAUUGGUUCUGUCCUAAAUGCUUGUUACCCUGUUCUCUGUCCUUUCAUAUUGCCCAGCACUGACUCCCAGGCUGCCAGGCUACCCUGCAUCCUCAGUAAAAAUCCAGUCCAAAGCCCUCAGUUCAAAAGUCCAUUGCAUGGGCAGUUCAUUCCAUAUUCCACUUUUCCAUUAAGAGACUUCAAGUAA